AUGUCUACCAACGGCGCCACUUCUAGCAAAGCUCCCGAGGAGCCUCAGCUCCCCCGUCUGGUUAACGUCCAGCCUGCUCGUCGGGGGGAUCUGCAGCCCAAGUACGCGGCACAGAUUGAACACGAUGACGAUAACCCCGAUGCCCACGGCUGGUACGCCGCCAUGAUCCACGGUCUGGGUGAAUGUAUUGGUUUCUUUGGAGCGAUUCCCUGCUGUAUCUGCUGCCCCAACCCCUUCAAGCCUGUCGACCAAGGUGCGGUCGGUCUUGUCUCGCGAUUCGGACGUUUCGAGCGAUCGGUGGAUCCCGGUCUGGUCAAGAUCAACCCCCUCAGCGAGCACAUCACCACAGUCGACGUGAAGAUCCAGAUUGUCGAGGUGCCCCGCCAGGUCUGCAUGACCAAGGAUAAUGUGACUCUCAACCUGACCUCGGUCAUCUACUACGAAGUCAUCUCUCCCCACAAGGCUGCCUUCGGGAUUGCCAACGUCAAACAAGCGCUGGUGGAGCGUACCCAAACCACCCUGCGCCAUGUGAUUGGCGCCCGCGUACUUCAGGACGUGAUCGAGCGUCGCGAGGAAAUUGCGCAGUCGACAUCGGAAAUUAUCGAAGAAGUUGCCGCCGGCUGGGGUGUCCAGGUCGAGUCCAUGCUCAUCAAGGAUAUCAUCUUCAGCAACGACCUGCAGGAUUCGCUCUCCAUGGCCGCGCAGUCCAAGCGAAUCGGUGAGAGCAAGGUGAUUGCGGCUCGCGCCGAAGUCGAGUCUGCCAAGUUGAUGCGCCAGGCUGCCGACAUUCUGUCUUCUGCUCCUGCCAUGCAGAUCCGAUACCUCGAAGCGAUGCAAGCCAUGGCCAAGACCGCCAACAGCAAGGUCAUUUUCUUGCCUGCGAUGAACCAGACUGUCCAGAGCCAGCUCGUCGCUGCCGACUCCGCCGGCGAAGGCCCGAGCAACUACGGCGCCACGAGCCAGGCCGAUGAUGGGUUCCAGCGUGCGAUGAAUGCUCGCGUGGUUGAGGACAUCUAG